GAGUUUCGAUCAGUUGGGGCCAUGAUCGGGUUGCGGGCAGGGCUUAGCAGCGCAAGUGGCCUUUGGGUUGGCAAACUUUUGUGCCAUGGAUGUGUGUACUAUGAAACCGUGAGCAGCACAUACAUCUUGAGUCUUGGGUUCCAUGCAGCCGGUGGGCUGAGCUGGGAAAUUACUCCUGUGGGCCCCACUGAUUCAAGUGGCAAACAUGAGUUUUUCCGCCUGACUCCAGCUUGCUUUUCCCUGGAAGAUUCCCGUGCUUACCUGCAAUGCUUUGCCACAACAAAACUGUGGUCACCGUCACAUGGAGAGAAUGAGGAAGAGUACGCAGCUGUACCAACAACAGUAUGUUGCCCCUGGGAGGCACCAGAUGGUGGGCAUGGAGUUCUUUUGCGACGGACUGGUCCAAACGAACCACUGGUCCCGUUCUGGCUGAAAUUUGGAGAAGUGGAUGUGAAGCAAGAUUUGUCAAAGCUUGUGAAGCAUAUUGUACUGAUCAGCAAAGUCAAGGUUGUCCGGCACAAAGAAAAGACUGCUUGAUUACGGUCCCAACUGUUCAGCUUGAUCGGCCACUAUUUCCCAGAUUUGCCAGAGAACAAGAAAGAGGAUCAAAUUCUUCGUUGGGUUCCCCCUGUUGGAAAAGAUGCCCCGGUGACAGCCAGCCCAGGUGGAUUUUACGUUUCAUACUUGGGGGACGUGCUUCAAAAACUACAUACAGAAGAAGAUGGCAAAGACUUUC